UGUAACAGGUGUCGCCCUUCUACCUACUCCCUUUCUUAUAUCAAGAGGGGAAAAACACGGAACUACCUCUACCCGAUCUGGUCACCAUACGCCUAUUACCUUUACUGUUACAAAUACCGGAUCACCCUCCGGGAGAAGAUGCUGCCUUGUUGUUAUAAAAGCAUUACUUAUAAGGAACAGGAGGACUUGACACUCCGGCCCCGUUCCUGUAUCCAGUGCUCCGAGUCCCUAGCAGGCCUCCAGGUGGGCAGAAACACCAAACAGGGCAACCAAGACCAGCUUAAAGAACUGUAUUCGGCUGGGAAUCUGACGGUGCUGGCAACUGACUCCCUGUUCCACCAGAACCCAGUACAAUUAGACUUUCACUUCCACCUCAGCCCCCAGACCUCUGCCCAUUGGCACGGCCUUCUCUGUGACCAUCGACUGUUCUUGGAUAUCCCAUAUCGUGCCCUGGAUCAAGGCAACCGGGAAAGUUUGACUGCAACACUGGAGUAUGUGGAGGAGAAGACCAAUGUGGACUCUGUGUUUGUAAACUUCCAAAAUGAUCGGAAUGAUAGAGGUGCCCUGCUGCGGGCCUUCAGCUACAUGGGCUUUGAGGUGGUCAGGCCAGAUCACCCUGCCCUCCCUCCCUGGGACAAUGCCAUCUUUAUGGUAUACCCCCUUGAAAGGGACCUUGGCCACCUGCCCAAUGACCCUCCCUGA